AUGCAGCUCGCAUCUCCAUGUAACAAUGCGUUUAUUUUCAAGACGUCUGCCUUAACCGAAAGCGAUUUUAUUAAUGCGGACCGUUUGACUCAAGCAGAUUUAUGGAAUAAAAAUGCGAUGCCAAUCGAGGAUGUGAAUAAACAUCGGACGGACAUUCGUGGACCGGUGGCUAACCGGAGACGUUUUCGGCGAAACGGCGUGAGCAAACCCACAAAACUAUGGCCUAACGGUAAAAUACCCUAUGCUGUAUCACCACAUUACACCAAAUAUGAAAGGGCACUACUGGCGAAAGCUGUCAAACAGUAUCAUGAGAAGACGUGUGUUCGCUUUGUACCAAGACAACCAGGUCAAGGAGAUUAUUUGUAUAUUGGCAAAGUUGAUGGAUGUUUCUCGGAAGUUGGCCGCACGACCGGUGUUCAAGUGUUAUCGCUGGAUAACGGCUGUAUGGAAUAUGCGACAAUCAUUCACGAGAUGAUGCACGUUGUUGGAUUCUAUCAUGAGCAUGCAGACAUCGAUAUAUCCUACCGAUUCCCAUUGGUUGCUCCGGAAAAUCCAUUGCCCGAAAUCAUUAAACGUAAAUUUGUUAUAGAACGAUGGGAUCGUGAUAAUUACAUCGAUAUUAUUUGGCAAAACAUUGAUAAAGGAGCACUGGAUCAAUUUGGAAAGGUGGAUCUAAGCAAAACUUCAUAUUAUGGUCAACCUUACGAUUAUCGUUCCAUUUUACAUUACGAUAGUCUUGCGUUCAGCAAAAAUGGUUUCCCGACAAUGUUACCCAAACAAGAAGGCUAUGCAUCAACGAUUGGAAACGCGAAAGAUUUCAGCGAGACGGAUCUAGCUAAAAUCAAUCGCAUGUACGGGUGUCCCGAGAGAGUCGGUGAUUCGAAGUCAUUCUUCAGAGCAAAUAGUACUCCGCUUUAUUCGCUAACUCUAAACAAGUUUGACGGACCACUGCAUCGUGCAACGUAUCACGACGAAAAUGUGGUGAUUUCGAACAAAGAAGGACAAAAGCAUUGCGAGGAUCAAAUAACGGUUUGUUGGUGGGCACAGAAGCGUUGUCGAAUGUCGUCGAUGAAGGCAAUGAUGCAGAAGUAUUGCGCUCGAACCUGUAAUUUUUGUUAG